ACGAUAUAAAGAACAAAAUGGCGUCGUUAUCACAAAUAUUACCGGCACCAUCUCAAAGAUUUUACGACAGAGAAAAUGAUGAUCAGCAAUAUAGAUCCAGUAUGCAGGUUACAACUGUAUCCAGUAAGAGAACAGCUCCACCUUAUGGUCACAGGAAAGGAUGGGUUCCAAGAACACAAGAGGAUUUUGGUGAUGGUGGAGCAUUUCCAGAAGUUCACAUAGCCCAGUAUCCAUUAGGAAUGGGCAUGAAGAAAACUACCUCUAAUUCUUUGGCUGUGAGUUUAGAUGAAAAGGGUAAAAUCAAGUAUGAUGCCAUAGCUAAACAAGGACAUUAUAAAGAUAAGAUAGUUCACUCAAAACCUCAAGAUUUAGUACCCAAAGUAAUGGAAGAAGGUGAUCCAGAUCUAGAAAGACCAGAUGAAGAUACUAUAGCUGAUACAACAGAGAAAACUAGACUAGCCCUAGAGAAAUUAACCAAUAGUAAAAUAGCUGCUGCCAUGCCUGUCAGAAUGGCUGACAAACAGGCUCCAGCUCAAUACAUCAGGUAUACUCCCUCACAACAAGGUGUGGCAUUUAAUUCUGGUGCCAAACAGAGAGUUAUUAGAAUGGUAGAAGUACAGAAAGAUCCAAUGGAACCACCAAGAUUCAAAACAAAUAAGAAGAUUCCAAGAGGUCCUCCAUCACCACCAGCUCCUGUCAUGCAUUCACCAAACAGAAAGGUCACAGUUAAAGAACAACAAGAAUGGAAAAUUCCACCAUGUAUUUCAAAUUGGAAAAAUAACAGAGGUUAUACGAUACCAUUAGCUAAAAGAUUAGCAGCUGAUGGUAGAGGGUUACAAGGUGUCCAUGUUAAUGAAAAUUUUGCUAAAUUAGCUGAAGCAUUGUAUAUAGCUGAUAGAAAAGCUAGAGAAGCUGUUGAAAUGAGAGCUCAAAUUGAAAAGAAAAUGGCCCAGAAAGAGAAAGAAAAAAGAGAAGAUGGAUUAAGAUUAUUGGCUAGUAAAGCUAGGGAAGAAAGAGCUGGUAUCAGACAUAAAGAUGAUGAUAAAGAUGAUGAUAUGGGAGAGAGGGAAGAAAUUAGAAGAGAACGACAGAAAAAUAGACAGAGAGAUAGAAAUUUGGCUAGAGCUGCUCCUGACAAGAGGAAUCGGUUACAGAAAGAACGUGAGAGAGAUAUUAGUGAGAAGAUUGCUUUAGAUUUACCAAAUACUAGCAAUUCACAGGAAACACAGUUUGAUCAACGAUUAUUUAAUCAAUCUAGGGGUAUGGAUAGUGGUUUUGGAGAUGAUGAGGCCUAUAAUGUAUAUGAUAAGGCCUGGCGUGAUGACAAUAAAAUAGCUAAUUCUAUCUACAGACCUUCUAAAAACAUAGAUAAAGAUAAUUAUGGUGGAGAUUUAGAUGCUUUGAUGAAGAAUAAAAGAUUUGUUCCAGAUCGUGAUUUUGAAGGAACCGACAGAAGUCGUCGAAGAGAAGGACCUGUUCAGUUUGAAAGAGAUGUUGAAGAGGAUUUGUUCGGUUUAGAUAAAUUCUUCAAAGAGGCUAAAACUGGUCAAAAACGGGCUGCAGAUGACUCCAGAUCUAGUCGUGAUUAUGAAAAGAAAAAAAGAAGAGAGUAGAUUUUUUAUGACAAUCAAAUAUAUAUCAUUGCCUAUUCAUAAACUUGAAAAUAAUUUUCUGCGUGUCUCAUCACAAUCGCAUUUCUCAUACCAGGAUUUAAUCUGGUUUUAAUUUUUUGGCCAGUGGAUUGUAUUUAUCUAUGGACAUUAAGUACUGUACCAAUUGAUACCUGCCCAAAAUUAUAUUUUGUUAUGACAAUUACUCAAGGACUUUUAAACUUAAAAUGUAAAUAUGAAUCCCUUUGCAAUUAUUUGUAAAUAGAUACACUAUAAUCCCUUCACACUUAUUAUUCCUCCUUUGUGUGAACUGUUAAUAUGGACCAAAUUUAGACAUUAUCCCACUUAAUGGUUAAACUUAUAUGUAAUAGACCUUCCUUAGCUUGUAUCGAUCAGAUACUAUGUCAUAUAGUUUCUGUGACUCAGGUCAAAGCAUAAAACAGGCAUUAAAGGAGCGUUUGUGUAAUUAUGUCCUAUUAUUAGGUGUAUAUAUUGAAUGUCAAUUUGGAAAAAUGAAAAAAAUGCGUGGUAUGUUUUAAAUGUGAAUAAAUAUUACCAGAUAAC